GGGGUCCUACACAUGGAUGAACUGGGGGAGGAGAGAGCACAGUGAGGCUGUCAUGUAAGCCAUCUCCUCUGAGGCCACCUCUCGGUGCGCACUGCUUCCUGCCUCAGGUAGAAGCCUUAGUGUUUCUGCUGCUGAGGCGUCAGGCUGCUCGCUCUCCUCUCCUCUCCCUCCUGCUGAGAAGGCAACUCCACUCUCCAAGCCAUUGAAAUGGAGAAGAGCUGCUCAGAGUGUUCAGAGACAACACUUGCACACAGCCUGUGCACACUCUGCAACAAGUGGUUGUGUUACCAGUGUACAGAUGCACAUCAGCAUCAGAGAGUCCCUUCUACUUCCCAGUACAUAGACUUGCACCAACAGAGGCCCAGUGCUGCCCAGUGUCUAGACCUGUACCAGAAAGGCUCCAGCUCCCUGCCUCCGACUGGACAAGGACCGGGGUCGUAUCCUUGUUCCCUCCUCAUGUGCCACUCUCACAGACAGGAGCCCUUGGAGCUGUUUUGUGAGUCAUGUGACCUUCUGUGCUGUAGCAGCUGUCACCUGUCCUCCCACAAAAAACACAGGGUGGUGCAGAUUGGGAAGGCCCUGCAGGAUCAGCAGUGGUUGUUUGAGAGCCUGAUGGUGCAGGUGGAGGAGAGGAGAUCUGCUGUGGAGAACAAUGCCAAGCAGAUAGAGGACAGAGUUCACGGAGUGAAGAUUGCACACAGGAAGGCCGAGAACCAGAUUAAAAUGGCAAAGAUGAUUAUGAUGAAUGAGUUUAACAAACGAGCCAACCUAUUAAUAGAGCAACUGGAGAAAAUCUCAGAGGACUUCCAGCAGCGUCUGGAGGACCAGCUGCAGGGGGCAAUAGAGAUGUGUGGCCAGCUGGACCACGUGCAAAAGUUCAUCACCUGGGCUACAACUCACCACUGCAGAGGCCCUGUGCUCUUCAGCAGGGCACUGAUUUCACUCCAGAUGCAGCAACUGCUUGAGCCAUCACUCCAUCCCGACUCCUGGAGUCCAGUGAAGAUCAGAUUCAACUGGGAUGCUAGUUACUGGACAAAGCAGAUUUCCUCUUUAGGGCAACUGACUGUUGAGGGAGGAAACUGCACCUACCCUCAGAGUUUGGCCUGCGCCAGUAUUCUGAGGCCGCAGCCUAUCACCUGUUUGGCUUUGCCGUCUCUGUGUCACAGGGGACGAGAGUCAGGCUGUGGGUACCAGACCUGCUGUGAACCCCAGAUGUGUUGCCUGCAUGGCAUUCCCUCUCAACCCGAUCUGUCCAGUCUGGACAAAAGCCAGCUGGGAGCCACACUUUACAACUCCAGCUGUGUUCAGCCCACCCUUCUCUCUGCCUCCCUGCACCAGAGCCAGCAGCUCCAGAGAUGCUGGGACCCAAACAGCUCCUCAGCCUUACAACCACCCUCACAAUCAUCCCCUGUCUCGAUCAUGGGACCCAUCCAGCUCAACUGCAGCCGUGCAUCGUCAUCCCAGCCACAAGCUGCUGCCUCCCAGCCCCUGUCUCAGACUAAAUCAUAUCUCUAUCACCAACACCAGAGGGAAGCUUUUCCAGACAGCCAGCCUCAGCUGAGUGCAGACCGUAACAGGCUGGGUCAGGGCCAAAUGCAAAGCCAGCGUCAGAGUAAGCUGUCCACUGGCACAGCUCUGCAGCAGGAGCUCAGCCACACAGCUGUAGACCGAGAUGUGAUGACUGUAGAGAACUGGGAGGAGAGGUGCAGUGUGGAGGGGACUCAUGGACAAACAGCAGUGGUUGAACACAGAGAGCUACUGGAUGAGGAGCUGCAGGAAAGGGGGGAGCAAAGUCCUGUCCAACAGCAACAUCACAUCCAAGCCUCUCCAGCAGCAGAGCUGAGAAUACAGCAUCAGAGGAUGAGACCUACACUGAUGCUCAGAGACCACCGAGAUGGCAGGAGAUCCACGUCCCUGGAGGUGUCAGUGACAGACCACAAGCGUGGAUCUGACGUUCAGAGCAGCAGGCUCAGCCCUAGUUCAGUGUGUGCGAGGAGGAAGAGACGCUCCCAGAGCAUCCCGGCAGAACUGGCAGCCCCAGCCACCAGCCCUUACAAUGAAAGGCCCACAGGAUGCACUCACAGCCGAGAGGCAGGAGCUGCACAUAAGUUUGCUGGUAAGGAUCCCAGACAGAGGAGGAGAGCUUCAGAUGGCGUACUUUGUGUUGUCAAGGAAACUUCAUUUGAAACAGCGCCCUCCAGAGGUCACCGGUCUCCAUUACUGUCCUAUAAGACAGAGCCAGAUCAUUCUUUUACUUAUGUAAAUGAAGAGAUUGACUAUGAAGCCAAAGAAAAGUGCAGGUCGUCACGAAACAGUCACAACAGCAACAUGGAUGUUCAGAAGGACUUGGGAAGGCCCAGGGUUCCAGUGGUUUGCUUAGAGCGUCUCAAAAUCCUUGUGUCUCAACUCCCCCCACACGGAAGACGGCAGAGUGACCCUUUACCUGCAAGCACAAUGGAGAAGAAUGAAAGUUUGCUGAAGCAGAGAACCUGGCAUGAUGUAGCCCUUGUAGGUAUUACUGGAGGCUCCGAGACCAUGACGACCACCCACUCAGUCACAGCGCCACCAUAUGCAGAGCGAAAAACUUGCAAUCAGUCUACCACACACUCAGCCAGCAGUGAGUUUGACAACCGAGGAAGACUAAACUCUUGCAAAGCAUCCACUGACCCUGAAUAUUUGCCACAGAGGUACACAGUGCUUGAUCUGGAUUCAGACUCUGAUCCCAGAUCAUUCUCAGAAGUAGCAGUUGUUUCUCGAGUAGAUCCAGACUGUAACCCACAGCUAGAUUCAGAUGCAUCUCCAGAUUCUGACUUAAUUGCAGAGUCUUCAUCUGAGGCUGAACUUGAAUGUCUGGUCAAGGAGAAAUCCGUGGCUGCAGGGGUAGUGGGGCACUGUGAGGAAACUCACACUGUGGGGGAUUCAGAACCAAGCCUUGAAUUUGAGGCAGACCCAGAGUCAGAUGUAGGUGCAGGAUCUGAGGAUGGCCAAGGGCUGGAUGCUGAUGCAGAAUCAGGCGAUGCUGAAACUGAGUCAGAUGUCCAGCGUGAAUACGAUCCCACCUUCCAGGCAGAAACUGAUUCUGACCUUGUAUCCGAUCAACCGCUGGAUUCUCAGGGCUCUGUGGAGUCUGAAAUCGACAUUGAAUCUGAACCUGAACUGACAACGGACGACCCACAACCGCUUCGCUCUGACUUGGAAGACGAGCCCCACAUUGGACCUAGUCAGAGGCAGCUUCUAAUGGCAAACCCGGACCUGCAGAUUGGGACAGAGGAAGUCCAGACUGAGCAGGACAGUGCAGAGAUGGAGAGUGAGGAUUUCUGUGCUGUGUGUCUGAUCGGCGGGGACCUGCUGUGCUGUGAUCGCUGUCCAAAAGUCUUUCAUCUGUCUUGUCAUAUCCCAUCUCUACUAAGCUUCCCUUCAGGCGACUGGGUGUGCAGUCUGUGCAGAGAUGUUGUGCAGCCUGAGGUUCAGUACGAUUGUGAGAAUGAGAGAACGUCAGGGGAACACACGUCAGCACAUGGACUGUCUGCAUGUGACCAGAGAAAAUGUGAGAGGCUGACUCUUCUGGUCCUCAGUAACAUCCUGAGUGCUCCCUUCCAUGAGCCCGUCAGUCCACUUGCUCGUCAUUACUACCAGAUCAUCAAGCGGCCAAUGGAUCUGUCUGUGAUCAGGGCCAAACUCAACAAGAGGAAUACCCGACAUUAUAACUCACCAGACCAGUUUGUUGCUGAUGUCUGUCUCAUGUUCCACAACUGUGCAAAGUUCAAUUAUCCUGAUUCUGAGGUGGCCCAAGCAGGCCGCAGCCUGGAGGGGUUCUUCACCUCCAGGCUGAAGGAAGUUUUCCCUGACAGAGUUUUUCCUGUGGCUGAGGCGGACAGUGACAGUGAUGAGUACGAUGAGGCCUACAGGACCGCCGAGGGUGGUUUCCCCUGGCCAGAGAGGAGGGAGCAGUGUCACAGGAAGAGGAAGAGGAGACACUCUCUCAAGUCAAGGAGAAAUCACUUCUAACCAGAGAUGAAUGCAGUGCAACUAAGGACACAUGAAUUUCUGUAUUUAUGUGUAAUUUUGCUGCUUUGUUAAGCAGCUGGGGGGCUGUAACAGCGUUUUCAUGCUGUAAUUUAACAGUAACCCUAAGGUAUGUUGUGGUUUGCAAUAAUAUCACAGUGCUGCCAUCUGAUGGCAGCUAAAUGUAAUGAAACGAAUGAAAGAAUAUUUCAGCAUUAGUAACUCAAGAAUCUAUUACUAUUGAACAUAAUAUUGAAUAUCCCUGUAGAUUUCAGUUGAGCAUCUUACAGACAGAAACAAUUGAUUAAAACACGUUUAGGUUACAUACUAUAUGCUACGUAUUUGAAUGCAUAUCCGGUUGGAGAAAAUUAGUCAACAAACCAGAAUCCAGAGUUUGUUGGGUUGUUUCUGCAGUCGUUUAUAGAAGAGAUUUGAUGUUAUAAUUAUUACCAUUUCAUAUCAUAUUUUGCCCAUGAUUUUCCCUGAUACACUGGAAAUUACUUAAAUUAAUUUAAAUCAUGUACCUAAAGUUUUAUGCUAUACUGUACAAAAAGAAUGCUGUUGUUGGAUGUUUAGUAAACUCACUGUGUGUCUUUAUUAAGUGGAUUUCUUGACUUUUUUUAGGUGAAUAUAGCCCUGAUUAUACACAGCACUUUGAAAUAUUGUAUUUACCACCUUGGUAAAUCUUCAGCAUAUUUAUACAUCUGUAACUGUAUAGAGGUUUAUUUUAUUAUAUUUCCCUCUUUAUUUGUAGUGACUAAAUGAUUGCAGGCAAUUAUCAUAGGUUUGAUUAUUUGACAUAAUUAUCAGUAGCUUUCUUGAAAAGCAGCAGUGAGUCUUACUUACUGACCCAAGUGAUGCAGAGAGUCCACGAUAACUAGUGUUAGACCUCAACAGGUCAUAAAAAUGUACGUGUUUGUAAUAUGAUUCAAUAUCUGUGGAUCCAGAUCAACACAACAAUGCAGUAACAGUGCAGUAACUCUCUGUUAGUUAGAGGUAUUUAAGGAAAUUAUACAUUUAACCAUGAAUUAAGUUUGUGUAUGAAACAUUUUUGUUCCAAAUGUCAAAAAGAAAUGGUUCUCAGGCCUAGUAAGAGUGAAAGGUAUUGAUAUAAUUCUGUAUUGAUAAUUAUAAACUGUCCUUGUGAUUUGUAGAGUCACACAGUAGAGAGGAAAAAUAUAAUUUUGUACCCGCUGCUGUAGCACAUUUCCUCUUUUUAAACAUACUUUAACUUGCUUCCUGCAGCUUAAGAUAGAAUUGACUUGACUUUUAAAGUUUUACUGCACAAAUUAUUGUCUGUGCACUCCUUGAUUGUGGUCAAGAUUACUGAAUAUACAGCAUAUGUAAUGUUGCUUUAUUUGAAAUCAAUAGAUAUAAUAGUAUUCCCUACAGUAUGAAGGAAGACUUAUUAUGCUAUAACUGUACUGACUGUAGUUUUCUGUCACCGUUUCAGGAGAGCAGUCUGU